GCGGCAGCGGAGGAGGAUGAGGAGGGGGAGGAGCAUUCGGCGUCGGAGAACGCGUCCGCGUCGGAGUCCGACAGCGGCAGCAAAAGCAAGUCCGGAUCGGAGAGCGAUUCUAGAUCGGAAUCUGGAUCGGAAUCCGGGUCCGGUAGCCAUAGCGACAGCAGCGGACUGCCCAAGAAGCGCCGGCCGAGCAAGAGGUCGACGGUGGACGACGACACGCUGGACGAUGAGUCGACGCGGAUGGCGGACGACAGUCCCGACGACGACGCCUCGCGGCAGCCCGACAGCCACGACGACGACGAGGAGGAUGAGGAGGAGGAGGAUGAGGAGGAGGAGGAAGACGGGUCGGAUGCUGAGCGGACGAAGAAGCCAGCGCGGAGGGCGCAGCGACGAAGCAGCGACAUCAAACACUUACUGGAAGAGAAUCCGGACUUGUUUGGACUCCGGCGGUCCGGACGAGCGAGGAAGGAAGUCGCCCGCUUUCAGGCAGCGAAGAGCGAUAGUGAGGAGGACAAGCCAAGGAGAGGAAAGCCGAGGAGAACGAGCAACGACGAAUGGCGCGUGUCGCGGCUGAGCGACGAUUCGUCGAGCGGCGGUAGUGAGGAUGACUUCAAGCCUUCGUCGUACAGCGUGCGCCGGACGCGGCGGAAAGGUCGUGUGAUGAAGAGCAGGUCGUCGAGAAAGAACGUGCGCAAGUCUAAGCUGUCUGAGUCGUCGGAGUCGGACAGUGAGUAUGAGGAGCACAGACAUUCCAGCCGGCAGGCUGCAUCUAAAGUCAGCUACAAGGAGGAGGAGAGCGACAACACGGAUUCCGAUGACAUCAUGGAGAUCGCGGAGACGGCGUCGACGGUACCGGACGAUGCGGAGUGCGUCGAGAAGAUCAUCAAACAGCGCGUCGGCCGCAAAGGAGUGACCGGAGCCCCGACGACGCUCUACGCGGUGGAAGCUAACGGUGAUCUGAACGAUGGAUUCGAUCCCGCGACCGACCAAGGGGAGCAGCAGUAUCUGAUCAAGUGGAAGGGCUGGUCGCACAUACACAACACGUACGAGAGCGAGGCGACCUUGCGAUCGCAGCGCGUCAAGGGCAUCAAGAAGCUCGAGAACUGGCAGAAGAAGCGGACAGAGAUCGACAACUGGAAGGCGGCGGCCUCCCCCGAGGACAUCGAAUACUUUGACUGCCAGAACGAGAUGAUGGAACAGCUGCUUGAGAGUCACCUGAUCGUCGAGCGAAUCAUAGCUCACUCUAACACUUCGCCGGGCAGCCCGCCGGACUACUACUGUAAGUGGAAGGGCCUGCCGUACGCUGAGUGCACGUGGGAAGACGGAAAGCUGGUGUCGUCGUGGGUGCAGGCCAAGGUGGAUGAAUACCUGAAUCGCAAUCGCAGCCAGCGCAUACCCACGAAGACUGCAAAGGUGCUAACGAAUCGUCCCAAGUUUGUGCCGUUGAAGGGCCAGCCUAGCUACCUGGGCUUCUCCAACAAUCUAGAGCUGCGGGAUUACCAGCUGGACGGGGUCAACUGGCUUGCUCAUGCCUGGUGCAAAUCAAACAGUGUGAUACUGGCCGACGAGAUGGGCCUCGGCAAGACGAUUCAAAUCAUCGGUUUCAUCGCCUACCUGUACCACCAGCACGCCCUCUACGGACCGUCACUCCCCCUCUCCCCCUCUCCCCCUCUCUCCCUCCUCCGCCCGCAGAUCAAACAGUGUGAUACUGGCCGACGAGAUGGGCCUCGGCAAGAUGAUUCAAAUCAUCGGUUUCAUCGCCUACCUGUUGAGCAGAUCCUGCGCAUCGAGAUGUCGUCCAUACAGAAGCAGUAUUACAAGUGGAUUCUCACGAAGAACUACAAGGAGCUGAGCAAGGGCCUGCGCGGCGUCGCCAGCUUCGUCAAUCUCAUCAUGGAGCUGAAGAAAUGCUGCAACCACUCGUACCUGGUGCGGCCGUCCGAGACGACGCCCGCUACGCAGAACGAACACCUGCAGAACAUGAUUAAGGGCAGCGGGAAGCUGAUCCUGCUGGACAAGCUGCUGACGCGCCUGCGCGACACGGGCCACCGCGUUCUCAUCUUCUCCCAGAUGGUGCGCAUGCUCGACAUAGUCGCCGAUUACCUCACCCUGCGCCGAUUCUCCUUCCAGCGGCUGGACGGCUCGAUACGAGGGGAGCUGCGUAAGCAAGCGCUCGACCACUUCAACGCGGAGGGAUCGACGGACUUCUGCUUCCUGCUGUCGACGCGGGCGGGCGGCCUCGGCGUGAACCUAGCCACCGCCGACACCGUCAUCAUCUUCGACUCCGACUGGAACCCGCAGAACGACCUUCAGGCGCAGGCGCGCGCCCACCGCAUCGGUCAGAAGAACCAGGUGAUGAUUUACCGGCUGGUAACGAAGGCGACAGUGGAGGAGGACAUCAUCGAGCGAGCGAAGCGUAAGAUGGUUCUCGAUCACCUCGUCAUUCAGCGCAUGGACACGUCCGGUCGCACCGUGCUCGCCAAGGACGGAAACCCUCGCAGUGCAGCCUCGACGCCGAACCCCGUCUCCAACAAGGGGCCCGAACUGUCCCAACGCAUCCUCCAGUCCUGCGCGGCGCGGCCAGCCACCCGCGACGACCUAGAGACGCGGGAGGAACAAUCCGGGAUGUCGUCCGCGUCCGAGGAGCUGCUAUCCCAGUUCAAGCUGGCGAGCUUCGACUAUAACGAGGAGGAGGUGGAGGUCGUGGAGCAGGGCAAGGCGUGGGAGACAAUCAUCCCCGAAGCCAUGCGAACAAAGUUCGAGAAGGAAGCCAAAGAGAAGGAGCUGAAGGAGAUGUUCCUCCCUCCGCGCAGCCGCAAGACCGUCCAGCUGAUGCAGCUCGGCGGCAGCGACAGCGAGAGGGAGGCUCGCAGGAAGAAGGACAGAGGAGGAGGAGGAGGCGGCAGCGGCGGCGGGGAGACUGACGACAGCGACGACGACGAGGAGGAGCGGCCGCGGCGGCGCGGGCGUCCGCGCGCGAGCAACGUGCGGGGCUUCACCGACGCGGAGAUUCGCCGCUUCGUGAAGAGCUACAAGCGAUUCGCUCGCCCGCUGACGAGGUUGGAGAACAUAGCUUGCGACGCUGAGCUGCAGGAGAAAUCUCAGGCGGACCUGCGCCGACUCGGGGAAGUGCUGGCAGAGGGGUGCGUGAAGGCACUGGAGGAGGACAAGGCCAAGAAGGAGGAGGAGAUUCUAAACAACGCACAGGCAGAGGAUGGCGCCACGCCCGCGGCGGCGGUGCACAAGCGUAAGCCGCGGGGCGUGUUCUUCAAGCUGAGCGGGGUGAUGGUGAACGCGCUGUCCGUGAAGAAAGCAGAGGAGGAGCUGGAACCCCUCCCUCACUUCAUCCCCACCGACCCCGCAGAGCGUGCCAAGUUCCGCAUCACGCCCCGGUGUAAGCUGGCGCACUACGACUCGCUCUGGGACGUCGAGGAGGAUAGUAGCUGCUGAUCGGGUCUCUACGAGCACGGCAUGGGCAACUGGGAGGCCAUCAAGAUGGACCCGAACAUCGGCCUCACCGAGAAGCCGGCGAAGGCGAAGGUUAAGCGGACGAAGAAGACGAGCGAGGGAGACAAGAAGGAGAACGGGGAGAAGGAGGAGAAGAAGUCCGGAGAGAAGAAGAAGAAGAAGAAGAGCAAGACGGAGAACCACGCCGACGAGAAGAGCAAGGAGAACAAGAAACACAAGAAGGUGAAGGAGCGUAAGGGCAGCAAGAAGCGGCAGCCGCCGGCGAUGCACAUCACGGCCAACGCGCAGCCGAUAGCCAUCAAGGACGAGGACCUGGGAGAACUGGACCCUAAUGCCUUCACCUCGUGCAAGGAGAUGAUGCGGCCGGUAAAGAGGGCGCUGAAGCUGCUGGAUCGGCCAGAAGAGGGCCUGAACGAACGCGAGCAGCUGAACCACACGCGCGCCUGCCUGCUGAAGAUCGGCGACCGCAUCAACGAAUGCCUCGCCGACUUCAACGACCCGGAGAAGAUCAAGGAGUGGCGCACCAACUUGUGGACGUUCGUGUCGAAGUUCACGGAGUUUGACGCGCGGAAGCUUCACAAGCUGUACAAGCACGCCGUCAAGAACCGCGAGGAGGACAAGGAGAAGCGUGCGCAGAAUCGCAAGGCGCAGGCGAACUCGGAUAGCAAGCGCAAGUACCCGGAAGGUUACGAGCAGCGGCAGAUCAUGGUGAAGCGGCCGUACGACCGUGGCGCCCCCACCGACCCGCGAAACAGCGGUCCGCCUGCGCUCGGCAAACCGCAGUCCAACUACCAGCAGCAGCAGCGGUCGUCCGGUCAGCGGCCGGGCUGGAGCAGCAGGGGUAAAGACAGCUUCAGGAGCGAGGCGGAGCGGUCGGGCUGGAACUCGUACCGGCGCGACGGCGAUGGCCAGAACCCCGCGGACGGCGGCCCCGCCCACCUCGACCGGCCCCGCCCCCCGGGGGGUCGGUACGUCGACCCCGCCCGCGACAACCCGAGCCACGGGGGCGGAGACCGACGGAAGUCGGACCGGCCGCCGCUGUUUCAAUCGGACGACCCUCGCGACCCUCGUGACCCCCGUGACCCCAGGUCGCGAAGGUUCAAGAUGGAGAAGGAGUACAGGCAGCAGAGCCAGCGAGAGCCGGAUUACAGACAGAGUGACAAGGGUCCGCCCCCACACGAGGAUCCGGAGUACAGGAGUCAGGACCAGGACUACGGCCGCUUCGCAGACUGGCACGGCGCCGGCGGUGGUGGAGGUGGAGGUGGAGGUGGUGAUAGUUCCCAUAGCAGCUACCACAGCCCCGCGGAUCGACCAGGGCCGGACCGCGAUGACAGGUACCACCCGUACAAGCGCAAGUCUGACCACAACUACCGCAGUCCCCCUCCCGACCGCGACUGGCGGGAGCGAGGCUCCGACUACGCACGCUCCGAUUUCAAGCGACACUGACACCAGGUGGCGCCGUCUAGUCCGGCGGACACACGAGUCGUCGGCGGCGGGGCGAGACGUCUGUCGUCGUUCUUCUUUCGGCAAUGCCGCGCCGCUCUGGAACGCGGGAACGUUCUCUUGUUCGGACAGGUGGCGGCGUGAGCGCACGGUCGCGGAACGGCGCGCGGGCGACGCGGAGAACUGCCACCGCGUGGCGCCACAUGGCGAUUGCGUUGGGGCGCCGGCCUCCCGAAUCGUCGGGGGUGAUGUCUCGAUCCCUCUGCGCAAAACACGACUAAACUGUCGGUCUGCGACGACUCUCGGCUUGUCUCGACUCGUCUCGAUCUGUCUCGACCCCGUCUCAACGGCGACUCGACCGUCGGAGCGAAGGAUCGUGACGACAUAACGAGUGACGAACGUCGCCACGAACGAAUAAACAAAGAUAAAGCGCUGAUCUUGACGAUCAGGAUUGCUAGUCUGUCGAUCGCGGCCCUGCGUGGGCGGCACCCCCUACAGGUCCGCGGCACGAUCGACUCAUCGACAGGCUGCGACAACGGAACGUCUGCCGCCGCGGUCAUCGUCGUCGUCGUCAUGUAUUUAUUCAGGACCUUUUACGUCCUCCCCUCCCCCUCUCUACGACGCGCGCGUUUGUAUAUACUGUAAAGUGUGGGAGUACGUUUCUUCUUCUUUUUAGAAAAAUGUGAUAUCACAAGAAACUUGAACGCGAGCGUUUUGCCGCGGCGUGGCCACAGUCGUUGGUCGUGCGGCCGGGAGAUAUGAAGAGAGGCGCUGCUGCAGAUGCUGCUGCUGCUGCUGCUGCUGCUGCUGCUGCUGCUGCUGCUACUGAUGCUGCA